CAAAGAGAGAGAAAGAAAAAAACAAAAAUGCUGCCUCUUUCACCGCCUUCCCGCUACCCUGCCUCGCCCUCGGCCUUCGGCCCACUUCCGUCCCCUCGGCACGACCACCACCCCUCACCCCCACUACCACCACCACCCGUCUUCGGCCCUCCGCUCUCGCCCCUCUCUCCCCACCCCUACAGCCCCACCACGGCCGGCCCAUCCCCGAGGGGAUUCUUCCUUGAUCCGUCCCUCGUCUAUGACCCCCAGCUGUAUGGCGAGGACGAGGACACAUUCCGCUUUUCCACAACUCCGCUCCCCGACUUCCCCAUCCCCGAGAGGGACCGUCGGCACCUGUACUUCUACGACGACUGUGAGGUGGAUUGGGACCGGGAGGACAAAUGGAGGUUUGCUGCCAACCGGAAAAAGACCCACAAGAACCUCUCAUGGGAAUUGGUACGCAUGCAUGGGGUGGGUGGGGGGAAGGAAAAGACAGACAACAAAUCGAGAGGACCACCCCACGCUUGUUGAUGUGACGUGCAUGGAUGGCCUCGUCUUUCAGAAUGAGGAAAUCGAGAGGACAAGGCGCGAUCGCCUCCGUGAGGAAACCGAGGAGGCCCCUUCAGACCACUGGCAGCAGCGCCAGAUGGAAGCCCCACCGCAGACAUCAGCGGCUGGCUCAGCAUACGGUGCACCGGCCGGUGCAUCGGGAGGCACGUCGGCAUACGUUGUGUCAGGGGCCGCCUCCGAGGCCUCAUCCCAGCAGCAGCGCCGCAUGUCUCGCGGGCCGACCUACGCCCAGGACAGAGAGGAUCGCCCCCGGUACACCGACCCGUUCACAGAGGAGUUCAUGGCAGCCGGGCCCCAACGUGGUAUCCGACCAGUGGCGUACCCUCCGAAGAAGUCCACGGUGCCACGAUCCACCUCGGUGGGGGAGAGAUGCAGCCAAGCAAGGAGACACCACAUACGACAUCCGCCCGUCUGCAUCGGUGUCGUGUGUUGUGCGCUGCAGAUGGCCAGCUACCAGUCUGAGGAGGCCAGGGGUCUACCUCCCCAACAAGGCGUGUGUCUCUCAAUCUUCAGCUGUUGCUGCCCCGGACCAGAGGUGCGCCCGCCCAAAGAGACGGGGAGGUCGGGACCGACGGACGCCGAUGGAUCGUACUGGGAUGAGGAGGAGGAGAGAUACUCUCAGCGCCAGCCAGGGAGGGAGCAGGCCAAGGGAGGAGGAGUCAUGGGUUGGCUCUGUCCGGGUUUUGUCAAUUGGUGGUCCAGCGUCGAAUGGAUCCCCAAAGACGGGAACGUCAUGCACAACAGAGGAGGAGGCAGCAAGAUCGGCAUGCCCGAUGACGUCUUCGAGACAGAUCAGGAGCUGCAAUUUAAGCCGCGAAUUGACUUCUACCCACCACCACCCCAAGACACCACAACCGACCAGCGCAAAGGAGUAGGCCCCACACAGCCAGCCAGCCAGCAGCGGUCCCAGCACAUCUUGUCUCUCCUGUCUGUAUCUGUCACUUUGGUCUUCAGGCAGAAAGGGGGCCUGCGCGGAUGCCAUCACACGUUCUCACCGAUCGCGUGAAGGCCCAGAUCGACUCAUCACUGCAGUUGACAGAGGAGGGCAUCGUGCCAAAGGAGCGCCAGAGAGAUGGAGGGCGUGAUGCAUCGAAGGGAGUUCGCUUCGAGGGGAAUGGUCGUGGUGGACAGUAUCAUCAGACUCAGCUGGCAGGGGAGGAGCGAGGGAAUGGCAUUCCCCGAGACAUGAGCGAUGUGGAGGGAUCUCGUGGCGACGACAGACAGGGAAGACCGCCCGUGCUGGACACGUACUUGCAUGAGACACAGCAGCAGGCUCAAGCUGGAUCAUCAGUCGCAACCAAGUGCGUCAGCUCAGGCAGGGAAGGAUGAGGGGCAGCUGAGGCUUCUUUUCUCUGUGUGUGUCCACUCAGCGGUCAGGUCAAGAGCCCUCAUCAGAUGGAGCCCUUCAUUCCGGCUCCCUACGGCCAUUCAGAGGAGCACGAGUGGCCCCGUGAAGACAGGGACAGAGACAGACAGGAGGCCGGCAGCCCCGCCAAUCUGGGGCGGCUGAUGCCAGCACCACCCACUCCUCAGUUCAUCGACCCCAACGCGCUGCUUGCGCCAGGUGACAAUGUGGAUCAGCGUCGGGUGACAAUGUCGGAUCGCAGUGGGUCCGACAUUGGUGAGAGUGACAUCGCAUCGCAGAGCCCUGGUGGCGGCUCGCCGCACCGCCGGAGCGUUCAGUUUGAGGACGAGUCGGGCAAUGGGGAGAAGCGUGGGUCGGGGUGGAUGCGGCAGGUGGGCGGGAUGAUCACUUCGUGGAUGACGGGCAGGGGAAACGGCCACUCCGCGGAACUCGCCGAACAAAGGAGACGCAGGUACGUACCACGCACAGAAACAUACAUAUGGAGUGCGGCUGUGUUGUGUUGUGUGUAUUCUGCCUGCAGCAUGUCCAUGGCAAUUGAUCCACACCCUGUCGAUUAUUCAGCAGCUUUUCAGGGCCGCCUCGGGGGUUCCUCGUACGACUACCCUGCAGCAGAACAAGGACCCCGCAGCCCCCGUCAGCAACAAGGUGGGCAAACAAACAACAUACACCUCACAGACUCACCAAGCCACACCUGACGAUGUCAUUCAUGUAAUGGUUGGUCCUCUGUGGGUGCGUUGGUUGUGUGUCUCAGGUGCUCAGCAGCAGCACUUUGAGCGGCGAAGACUCCGCAAGUCUUCCCGAGGUAUGGCACCUGACAGCUAAGGGAGCGCGUGUCGAGCAUGUCUCACCUCAUGAUCUGACAGGGCCCGACGGCAAGUACCUGCCACCCACCUUCCCUCUGCCGUCGCGAGACCGUUAA